UGGCAAUCCCAAAUUGUUCAUAACGCAAUAGUCACGCAUUCUGCAUCGCCCGUGUUGUUGACAUAUUAAAAUAGCAAUCAACUGCUGAUAAAUCCAUUGAAAACUUCUGCCAAGUGAUAGAUACAUUUUUCAUCAUGGGAAGUUUUCAUUUAUUUGCUUGGGGCGCCAAUUCUCAUGGACAAUUAGGCCUUGGUUAUGAAUCUGAACAAUCGCAGUUGCCUCAGGAGAUUGAUCUCUCGGAGACAAGUCUGAUGCCAUCGAAAAUAUCGAAAAUAGUAGGUGGAGCGGGUCAUACAAUUAUGUUGGACGACUCUGGUAAAUUGUACGCGUGGGGCUGGAAUAAGAAGGGUCAAGCGGGAUUUCCCCCCAAUAAUACCAUCAUAAAUAUUCAAACAAUCGAUGCCUUCAAGGAUAUGAAAAUAAGGGACAUAGCCUGCGGAUGGGAUAGUUCGAUUGCCCUCACUGACAAUGGACAGGUCUAUACUUGGGGUUCUAAUACUUUUGGACAACUCGGCAGAAACGUUGAAGACUAUACAAGUGCCCCCGAUACUGUACCCAUUGCUUCCAGAGUCAAGCGAAUUGCAAUGGGCCUCCGACAUUCCCUUGUGCUGACAGAAAAGGGUGAUCUCUGGGGGGCCGGUGCAGGUAGCAAAUCUCAACUCGGAAUCAUCGAUGCAAAUGAUAAAUCUAUCCGACAAACCGACGCCUUUCUACCUGUUCCAGGUUUAUCAGGAAUCAAGGAGAUCUCCUGUGGGCAAUAUUUCAACGCAGCUGUUGGGAAUGAUGGGGUGCUUUACACGUGGGGAGAUAAUAAGUGGGGUCAAUUGGGGGCUGACGUUAAUGGGGUCCAGAAUCAGACGGUGCCUUUGCAACUGAAUAGAGCGAUUGAGGGGAUUAAGACAUUGCGAUGCGGGUGGACUCACAUGGGUGUACUUGCGAGAAAUGGGCAAAUUUUCACGUGGGGGAGGAACACUUAUGGACAGUUGGGUCAUUCUCAUCAAGAAUUUUCUUGGAUUCCACGAAAUUUGAGUGGCUUGGGAGAUAUUGCACAGUUGGAGAUGGGAUCCGAGCACAAUCUUGCACUCAAUACUAAAGGGGAAAUUUUCUCAUGGGGUUGGAACGAGCAUGGAAAUUGUGGCAAUGGAUGCACGGAAAACGUGUGGUCUCCCCAGAGAAUAUCGAUUCCCCGGGAGUACAAAGGAGUUUUAAUUGGCAGUGGGGCUGGUCACUCCUUCGCAGUGGUGGAGAAAUUAAUCUAAUCCGCUUUAAACAAUACACUCUGUCGAAAUUCAUCCAAUGAAUUUCUAGGUUUUGAUGACAGAAAGCCAACGUACUGUAGCUCUCCACGAUAAUAUAGACGGGUUGAAUUUUAUUGCACCUGGCGACCCACCACCUGCCCUAAGGCAACUGUUACUAAUAACAAAACAACUCUAUGAAACUGACGUUUACAAAAACUGUUAUCACAACUGGGGAAUAAAAAAAUCUCCGACA